GGUAUAACUGACAUUUCUCGUUUGAUAUUUGACAUUUCAUAAGCUAACUCUAUCGUUGAUUGAGGGAAGAAUCGAAAGGGGUGAGGUACAUACAAUACAGAGUCGGAGGCAUUAGAGAGAGGGAGAUCAGUCAAUGGCGGCGAUAACAACUGCGGUGAUCGCAAUAGCCGGAAUAAUAUUGGGAUGGAUAACGAUAGAGUUAGCUUGUAAGCCUUGCCUGGAGUCAGGACGUGAAGCUAUCGACAGAUCUCUAAACCCGGAUUACGAUCCCGACGACGAAGACGUCGUCGACACAAGUUCCGAUAUUCGUGCUCCUCUCAUCCCAAAUACUCCUUCAGAUAACUCCGAUCCUGAUCCCUCCACCGCGAUCAAGUCAGUCUGAUGCGACCUUUCCUUGAGUUUUCGUUUGUAUUUAAUUUUUACCAUCCUUUGUCAUAAACCUCUCUCUCUCUCGUUUUCUAAAAUGUUUGCCAAUUUCUCUUGAUUUGCGCAAUUUUCCAUUGGACUGCUUGUGUUUUUUUUUUGCAAAGUAUAAUAUUAAGAAAACAAUUCGAGAUCUAUCAAUAUGAUUUAAGGUUCGUUCUUA